GCCGCGGAGCGCUCUUCAGCUCCGCCGGGCCGAGCCAGCGCGGGCCGACGAGAAAGAAAACCUGGGCCUGCCACACCGAGUCUAUGGACAGUUCCACAGCUAUGAACCAGCGCAUCUGUAGAGGAAUGGAAGAGAACAAGGAAAGGCCUAAACGGCAGCGGCAGAACAACUUUCCCAUGUUUCCCUCUCCCAAAGCCUGGAACUUCAGAGGGCGGAAACGGAAGCAGAGCGCCCAAGAUGAAGACGCUGUUAGCCUUUGCAGCCUCGACAUAAGUGAACCUAGUAAUAAACGGGUCAAGCCCCUUUCCAGAGUCACAUCUCUGGCAAACCUCAUCCCACCCGUGAAGGCCACCCCAUUAAAACGCUUCAGCCAAACUCUGCAGCGUUCCAUUAGCUUCCGCAGCGAGAGCCGCCCUGACAUCCUCGCCCCCCGACCCUGGUCCAGAAAUGCCUCUUCCUCAAGCACCAAGCGGAGAGACAGCAAGCUAUGGAGCGAGACCUUCGAUGUGUGUGUCAAUCAAAUGCUUACAUCUAAGGAGAUCAAACGGCAGGAGGCAAUCUUUGAACUUUCUCAAGGAGAAGAAGACUUGAUAGAGGACUUGAAAUUAGCAAAAAAGGCCUAUCAUGACCCUAUGCUGAAACUCUCCAUCAUGACAGAACAAGAGUUGAACCAAAUUUUUGGAACACUGGACUCUCUAAUUCCUCUACACGAAGAGCUUCUUAGUCAGCUUCGGGAUGUUCGGAAGCCUGAUGGCUCAACAGAACACGUUGGUCCCAUCCUCGUGGGCUGGCUUCCUUGUCUCAGCUCCUAUGACAGCUACUGCAGCAAUCAAGUGGCUGCCAAAGCUCUGCUAGAUCAUAAAAAACAGGAUCACCGAGUCCAGGACUUUCUUCAACGAUGUUUAGAGUCCCCCUUUAGCCGCAAACUAGAUCUCUGGAAUUUCCUUGAUAUUCCAAGAAGCCGUUUGGUGAAAUACCCUCUGCUUCUUCGAGAAAUCUUGAGGCACACACCAAAUGAUAACCCAGAUCAGCAGCACUUGGAAGAAGCUAUAAACAUCAUUCAGGGAAUUGUGGCAGAAAUCAACAUCAAGACUGGGGAAUCUGAAUGCCGUUAUUAUAAAGAACGGCUUCUUUAUUUGGAAGAAGGCCAGAAAGACUCUUUGAUUGACAGCUCAAGAGUCCUGUGUUGUCAUGGUGAACUGAAGAACAACCGGGGUGUGAAACUGCAUGUUUUCCUAUUCCAAGAAGUGCUUGUGAUCACUCGAGCCGUCACCCACAACGAGCAGCUCUGCUACCAGUUGUACCGUCAGCCAAUCCCCGUGAAGGACCUUAUGCUGGAAGACCUGCAGGACGGAGAAGUGAGGCUAGGUGGCUCUUUGCGUGGGGCUUUCAGCAACAAUGAGAGAAUUAAAAACUUCUUCAGAGUCAGUUUCAAAAAUGGAUCCCAAAGUCAGACCCACUCGCUACAAGCCAAUGACACUUUCAACAAGCAGCAAUGGCUCAACUGUAUUCGUCAAGCCAAGGAAACAGUCCUGUGUGCCACCGGGCAGGCUGGGAUGCUUGACUCUGAGGAACCAUACCUUAAUCCCGCCACUGUAAGCAGAGCUCCACAGGGAGAAACAAAACUCGAGCAGAUGGACCAGUCAGACAGUGAGUCAGACUGCAGUAUGGACACAAGCGAGGUCAGCCUUGACUGUGAGCGAAUGGAACAGACAGAUUCCUCCUGUGGGAACAGCAGGCAUGUGGAAAGCAACGUCUGAUAGAGGGGCUGAUGUUCCUGGAAGUAGCCCUGUGUUCUACCUGUACAGUAUUUGCAUUCCACACAUGGAACAGUUUGGAAAAGCACUUUUUCAUACUUUUGUGAACGUGUUGGCCCAGUCUCUUGUAUCUGUAUCUUUGUUCCUAGUACUGUAACUGCCAGUCAAUCUGUCUGUAUCAGCUGGAAUCUGUGGCAGCCGUUACCCUGUACUGUAUCUCACAAGUGUCUGGAUGGAUGGACAGGUACUUGAACAAGUUGCUUUCAAUUGUCCUGCUGGAUUUUGAAAAGUAGAAAGAACAGAAACUCUAAACUACUGUUUUGCAUAGCUUGCUUGCAGAGUCCUUCCUCCCAUGCUUCUCUAGUGCUUGUCUAGCUCUUUGACAUGGUAGCCAAAGGCAUGAAAUUUAGAGGGCUUUGCCAACAGGGUAUCAGGACAGCUUUAAGGGAGAAUCAGAAAAGACUAGUCCUUGAAGUGAGCUUGGUUCUGUUAUUCAAACAGAAAGCAUGAAAACAUCCCUGGGGAUUCUGAAGGCUUAUUUUGCAAAGGAGAGAUCAUGGUUUAAACCUUGCAGUUCCAUCUAGUGCAAAUUCGAUGCAGUAAUCUAUGAGGACAUGAAAUAGAGGCUGCCCUUGGAAGGGCAAGGGACAAAAGCAGCUGCCAGCUCUGAAUCUUUAACUGAAAUGUGUGCAGCUCCAGGAUGUGGCUGUCAUGGUUAGUGGGUUGCUGUAGAAAGCCAUCUCUAGCCUAAAACUGCAGAAUAGAAAAGGCCUGGGAAAACCUGCCAGGAUAAUGACUCCAUUUGUUUUAAUCUGCCUAAGCCACUCCUAUUUUAGAGUGUGAAGCAGCAGAAAAGAGACCUUAGUGUGGAUGACUCUGUUUACAAAACACAGGAGAGGGAGAAUUGGGAGUGAGAAGUGCUCCCUUGUCCCAGGAGAGGGAGAAUUGAGAGUGAGAAGUGCUUCAUUGGGACCUUCUGAGGGAACCAUUUAAAAAGAAAAGCAUGGUCCAGAGCCUUCUCAGAAAGGCCAGAGCCUUGGAUUUCCUGCUCUGCUUUUGGGCCAUCAUUUUGCAUCUCUGGUUGUGCACUGUAAUCAGAAUUGUAUACAUUCUCCAGAGGCCAAUUUCUUUAUCUCUCUUAGGAUCAGCUAGCCAAACUCAAUAGAAAAGGCCUGGGAAAACUUGCCCAGGCCCUGAUUUACAGAGCAAAGUUGCGUGCACCUUAAAAAACAAACAAACAAACAAAAAAAUACUUAACAAAAUACAUGGAAAAGUUCCCUAUGAAUGUAAAUAUUUAGGAUGAACUGUGCAAAAGUAUACCCACACCAGCACUAGUAGUAAUGAUUCUAAAUUAUUGCCAAAAGUUUUUUUUAAUCUUCCUGUGUCUUUCAAGUUUACAGAAAACAGAACAUACAAUGAUGUCAUUUUAUUAUGUAUAUAUAUCAUGUGCAUUCAAAAAAGCUGUGUGACAAGAUUUAUCAAUAUAAAAAUAAGGUAUAUGGCAUUAUUAUUUUUCAAAAACAAAGAAAAAUAUUAUGGUCAAUUUUACCCUGUAAAACAUAUUUCUGUAUUUAUAGAUUUUAAACAUGGUGAAUUUUUUCUAUUACGAGUUUAUUUAAAACUGCUUUGUUUCUCAAGUCGUUAUUGAGUUAGCAGGUGGAUGAACCUACUGCAGAUAGAAAGAAGCAGAGGGAAGCUCGGAAGAGUCAUUUGAUGAUAAGAAAGAAAAGAAAGAGCUGUGGGGCCACUUUGGGCAACAUAUUGAGAAGAGAUUUGUCAAGUGUUUGUCCAGAGAAGAAAGUCAAUGAAUGUCUUGAUGAAAUGAAUGUUUUUGUAUAAUGGCCUUAAACUUUUC